UAUGUUUUAAGGUAUAUAGUGCACUCUUAUCCGAUCAGUUGCGUCCUGAUGGGAUAACAUAUAUACGAUGGUAUGCAAAUAUCCUGUGCAUUAUGGGUAGUUGAAUUGGAGGUUCUUAUGAUGUGAUUGUGACCUGGAAGAUCAUAACAAGUGGGAGCGGAGUGUGUAGUGGUAGUGCCCACCACUCUCGGGGGGUCAGGGACUCAGUCGGUGUCGCUCCACUAACCAGGAAGGUGCCCUCUUGUUUACCUGGGCAGCGAGAAAAGGCGGCGUAUCACUUUUAACAGUGAGGGUUGGAAGGAAAGAUCAAGAAGAUUUUUGUGAAGUUCUUUGGUGCGAGUCCUCCACUGUGAAGGCUGCCCAAGACAUCGAAUAAUAAAACAUGUCUUACAGCAACAGAGAGCUCGUUGAAGAUUUUAUCAGCUACAAAUUAUCACAGAAAAAUGUUUUGAGUAGCCAGAGUGAACUGGACGUAUUACAGGUCAAUGGGACUGGAAUACUCAAUAGCUUCCCAGUCACUCCAGCAUCGAAUGGAGUUAAAGCAGUAAAAGAGGCACUUCGUGGCUCAGGGGACGAGUUUGAGCUGAGGUACCGGGCUGCUUUCAAUGACCUUGCUUCAGAGCUACAUAUCACCCCUGUUACAGCUUACCAGAGCUUCGAGGAGGUUGUUGGCGAACUCUUCAGAGAUGGAGUGAACUGGGGACGCAUAGUGGCACUCUUUUCAUUCGGUGGUGCGCUCUGUGUUGAAUGUGUGGAGAAGGAAAUGGUUCCUCUUGUGAGACAUAUAGCAGACUGGAUGACCACCUACUUGGAUAAUAACCUUGAUCCCUGGAUCCUGAGUAAUGGAGGAUGGGAUACCUUUGUCAGGAUCUAUGGACGACAUGCAUCAGCCGAGUAUUUCAAGAAGUGGCUGGUGGUUGGAGUGACUGUGACUGCUGGACUCGUGUUGGCCUCCUUUAUUGCACACACCCACCUGUAGGACCACCCGAAGAUCAAACGUUUACAGCAGCACUUGUCAGGAAUUGCCAGCGGAUUAUUUUGUAUUUUACUACAGAAUUUCUUUUGUCUGAUGUUUUUUUUUUUUUUGUAUGUUGUCUUGUGUCAGUAGAGAGUGUUAAAGCAGCGUGACUUCAGAGGUGGUGUUCACCUGUGUAACAUUGGAGGUCUGUCUCUUAUUUUAAUGGCGGCUGUUUGUAAAUAUAUUUUAUGUUCAUUCUGUUAAAUUUUGUUUUUUUCCUUGAGAAAAGAAGACAGACUCCGAGUUUACUGGAUUUUAUUUGUCGUGGUGUUCUGCAGCACUUGAAUGUUAUUAAAAUGUGUUUCUCUAGCUGUGCUCUGGUGGUCAGUUGUGCAGACGUCAGGUGAGUACCGAGCGUCACUUCGGACAGCAGAGGUUGCUGGCUGUUACGUCUUUUUAUGUGGAAUCCGCUCCACUAUCCCAGUUCCAGUCUCUUCAUCGUUUACUUCAAAUAAACUUGUGAAAAAGCACAGACCUGCUCGCUCUACGUAAUACAUGGCACCUUUAAUACUUGAAAAGAAAGGCUCAUGCCAGUUUGACCAACUGCACAAAGACGAAGCCCACUCGAGUAGAUUUUAAGUCAGAAGUGCCAGUUAGCGUAGGUCUCUGCCGAGUGCCAGUCCUUGCUGCCCUCCAGCUUGUGAUCAGAGGUUGCCUUGUGUUCUUUUGUAAACCUCCAGGUUUGUGAAUGUCGGCGAUCAAAGGCACACUUGUAUUCAGGCUCUGAGCUGAUGUGAACGCUCUGCUUAUUCGCCUCGUCUGGCUGAGCGUUCUUAUCGAGCACUGAAAUGAUUACCUUGUUUAUUUUUGAAAUGCUGCUCUCCUUCCUCAUUCAUUCCUGUUAUGAAAAAAAUAGGAAUGAGCCCCACAAUACUGAUGAUGAUGAUGUGCUGCUUCCUUAACCACACAACUAAAAGGCUGGAGAAGCUCGGCUGUAUGUAUUAAAAGGUCCCCAUGUUGUUCGUCCCUAACCACCUAACCAGCAGCAGACACCGCUUGCUGAUCAUGAAACUGGAUGACCUGUUAAUGGAUCAGCGCUGAGUGCUUUAUACAAAGCUGGCUAAAGACUUCCAGAGAUUUGGGGGGUAUGGGGUUUAAGAUUUCUGGCAAGAGGCUGAUGCCAUCCUGGUUGCAGUUGUUGCCAGGGGGGUGAGAGAGAAGGGGUCCAGGAGGGGAAAAAUAUGAAGCGAGGAAGGAAUAAUUAGAGCCGAGUCUUGGAGGAGCACCAUGGCUGCAGGUUUUCAUUCUAACCCUUU